CCAGGCAGCGCGGCUGCGAGCUCUGGCUGGUGCAAUCUUUUACACCUCCCGCCGACGGCGGUGGGAAGCCGAGACCGUGCGUGUUGCUCUUCGAAUGGGUCAAGACGGCUUGGAAGCCUUUCCAGUUUCUUUCCUCUGGACUUUUUGCGUCUGCGGAAAACCUGCUUUUUAGCAUCCCGAAUGGUUGCCGUGAUUAGGACUCUUUGCUAAGUGGGGAAGGCGAAGGAGAGCUCCCCCCCCCUCCCAUUUUGGCCAGGGGGAAACCCUGCCCCCUUGCAAGUUGCCAAAAGCGGAGAGAGAGGGCAAUAAAACCCUGCACGCCCAGACAAUCGCAGCAUGCACUUGCCCGCCUCUUUUUGCUGCUGACGAGCUCUCGAGCUCGCUCCUGCCUGGCUGCUAUUUUGGAGAAAGACUUUUUAAAGGGGGAGACUGACUCAUUUAUUCAUUUAUUUUCCCUUUUGCACAAAAAAUUCGCUUGGGGGAGGGGAACAAGAAAGAGGAGCGAUGCAUCGUUUUUCCGGGCUCGCCAAAGAAGCCUCGGCUCUGCCGGGCUGCAGGACGGAAAGGAAAGAGCCGGCCGUGCGGUUCCUGGCUUCGCUGCUCAACGGCGGGCCCCCGCAGCAGCAGCAGCAGAGCAAGCCCGGGCCCCGGAGUCGCCCGCUGGGCAGAGAGGGAGCGGUGCGCUGGAACAGCGCCGCCAAGGCCUCGGCCGUCAAGCUCCAGGAGAAGCCGGCUCGGGAGAAGAUCCUGACGCUGGAGUCCAUGAACCCGCAGGUGAAGGCGGUGGAGUACGCCGUGCGGGGCCCUAUCGUCCUCAAGGCCGGCGAGAUCGAGAAGGAGCUGCGCAAGGGAAUCAAAAAGCCCUUUACGGAAGUCAUCAAGGCCAACAUUGGAGAUGCGCAUGCAAUGGGGCAGCGGCCAAUCACCUUCCUUCGUCAGGUGGUUGCACUGUGCACAUACCCAAACCUGUUGGACAGCCCAAGCUUCCCUGAGGACUCAAAGAAAAGAGCAAGACGGAUCUUGCAAGGAUGUGGAGGGAACAGCUUAGGUUCUUACAGUGCCAGCCAAGGUGUCAACUGUAUACGAGAGGACGUUGCAGCUUACAUCGAACGACGUGAUGGAGGGGUCCCUGCCGAUCCAGAUAACAUCUACCUGACGACAGGAGCCAGUGACGGCAUUGCGACUAUUCUAAAGAUCCUCGUCUCGGGAGGAGGGAAAUCCCGAACCGGAGUCAUGAUCCCGAUCCCUCAGUACCCCUUGUAUUCAGCAGUCAUUUCGGAGUUGGAUGCCGUUCAGGUGAACUAUUACCUUGACGAAGAGAACUGCUGGGCCCUCAAUGUGAAUGAGCUCCGUCGUUCUUUGGAAGAGGCCAAAGCUUACUGCAAUCCCAAAGUUCUGUGUAUCAUCAACCCGGGAAACCCCACAGGUCAAGUCCAAAGCAGAAAGUGCAUCGAAGACGUGAUACACUUUGCUUGGGAAGAGAAGCUCUUUCUUCUGGCUGAUGAGGUCUAUCAAGAUAAUGUUUACUCUGAGAGCUGCCAGUUUAGCUCUUUCAAAAAGGUACUUUAUGAGAUGGGCCCAGAUUACUACAAUAACGUGGAGCUGGCCUCCUUUCAUUCCACCUCCAAGGGCUACAUGGGCGAGUGCGGCUACAGAGGAGGGUACAUGGAGGUGAUCAACCUGCACCCAGAGAUCAAAGGGCAGCUGGUCAAGCUCCUGUCGGUCCGCCUGUGCCCACCCGUCUCGGGCCAAGCUGCUAUGGACAUUGUAGUGAACCCUCCAGUCCCCGGAGAGGAAUCUUACGCACAGUUCAUCAAGGAAAAGGAAUCUGUCUUGAACAACCUGGCAAGGAAAGCCAAACUCGCAGAAGACAUGUUUAAUCAGGUUCCGGGCAUCCACUGCAAUCCACUUCAGGGAGCCAUGUAUGCUUUCCCGCAGAUCUUUAUCCCUGCCAAAGCUAUUGAGACUGCAAAGGUUCACAAAAUGGCCCCCGACAUGUUCUACUGUAUGAAACUUCUGGAGGAAACGGGGAUCUGUGUGGUUCCGGGCAGCGGGUUCGGACAAAGAGAAGGAACAUACCACUUCAGGAUGACGAUUCUCCCUCCCGUCGAGAAGCUACAGAUCUUGUUGGAGAAAGUGAAAGCGUUUCAUAUAAAGUUCCUUGAAGAAUAUUCUUAAGCAAAACAAAGACUUUUUUUUUCCUUGAGUGAACUUGGAAAAUAAAACAAAGCUGUGACGGGGAGGGAGGGAAUAUACUUUUUUUAUCUCCUUAAAUCCAAUCCCUAAUACGAUAGCUAGAACCCAGCGGUGAAAUCUGAGUACAUUGUGGCAUGUAUCGCUAAGUGUUAACACGAUGGAAAGGGGCGGGGGGGGAGUAAGAGCUGUAAUUGUUUUUUUAAAAGUAAGAUUUUGUGCCUUGAUCAGAAAUUAGAUGCUCAGUUUCCGUGGCUGGACUGGUUAAGGGGUGGGGGAUGUUAUUGGAGAAAUACUGAGAUUUAAAUAUGAAACGUCAGCAAAAUUGGACCGGAGUGACAACUUGGUGUAUACCUCGCUGUACUUUAAAGAAGGAAGACCCUACCUUCUAUACAGAAAACACAUUUCUGUCUUGCGUGAAAGCUAGUAACUGGUCUGAGAUAUCAUCUGUGUGAGCUCUUAAGUAACUCUCACUUACUUGAGUCUCACGCAGAAGUUCAUGGUGGAUCAUGCCCACAGACAUUCUGUGGAUCCUCACGAUUUGAGCAUUAAUAGCAAAAAAAAAAUGUGUCAAAUUUCUUUUUUUGUGGGGGGGGCGGGAUUCAAGAAGUUGCCAAAAUUAUGCUCUGUCUGUUGAAUUCUGCCUUUCUUCUGUGGGCUAGGCUGGCUAAGCAUGAGAAUACUACUAUCCAGGGUCUUUGCAUGGAAACAAAUAAUGUCAAUUCAUCCGCUUAUGAGCAUGGAAGAAAUUAUGGGCCUUGAAGUAAGAGGAGAACAGAAAUAAUCAGAUUCAUGCUUUCCUGCUGCAUUUGGCUCUAUGCGGCUUUAGAAACUAAUCAGAGUAAAUGAGUAAUGCAAGGGAGAGAAUGCUGUUAAUUGGAAUCCAUUGGAUUCCAGUAGAAAAUACAACACUGCGUUCAUACAUGUAUACCAAACACUGGUGCUAGGAGAAAGAUACCAGACAGUCCACAAAUAGCGCCUGAUGUUGAAAGGCCAAAGCCAGUCUCAAAAAGGGGGCAGUUUUCCAGCUAAAGGUACAAUAUUGUCCGUCUGCACAACCUCCCUAGCAGAGCUGUCGUUUUCAACCAACACCAUGUUGGAUGCUCAGCAACAAACAUUAACCUAUUACCUCCUGAUGCUUUUUCCUUUUGGAAAGGCGGUAAGAUUUCUGGUGGGAACGAUCCAAACCAACCCAUCACCCGGAGUGGCAGAACUGCUCCCGGUUUUGUAACGUGUACUAGGUUGUAGUGGCAAAUGGGGCAAACCAGAGUGGGUUUUGCCACUUGAUCAUCAUCGCACCCUAUUAUUGUAGCCAGGAGUCCUCCACGAAAGAUCCAGUUGGGGUUAACGCUAUGAUAAAGGUGAAAGUACUAUAACUUGUUUGUUGGUACAUCACAUCCUAUACAUCUUCUUGGCUUGGUAUUUGUGCCUGUUCUUGGUACCAGCCCAAGUUCUCAGACGAGUGAAUAGUUAUUCUGGAGGAAGUUAUUCUGGUUGAAAACGACUGGCCACUGUCCUUACUUGGCUGUAGGCUUCCAAGAAACAAACCAGCCAACCUGACAAGGGGAAACAAAAGUGAAUACCAUCAAGUGUCAGAUACUGGGAGCAGCAGGCUCAGACUUCAUUGUUUCCCUUGUAGGGCUUGUCAAUCCAUUGACUCUCAUUCCCUCUGUCCUGUUCAUACUCACGAGGAGAGCCGUGGCAGAAAGCAUGCCCUUUGACAGAAAAACUUGACUUCCCACCGUUAUGCUCUUCCACGGUUUUGUAAACAUUAAGCAACUCUGGAACAGUGAAAGGUUGAAAGAAACGGUCGAGCUUGGAGCGUUUUCAUAAGAAUUCUUAAAAUUGCACUUUUUUUCUCCAAUCCAGCUUUGUUUGGGAGAAGCUACCGUGUCGAACAUGGAGGUACAACCCCAUGCGCUCAAAACGGCAGUUCGUACAUUAUUUUUAUAAUUUUUUUGUAAGUAGAGGUUUUUUCAUGGGGAACUGUAGGGGUGGGAGGGGUGGGUAGAAUUUGUAGUCUUAACAAGCCAGUGGGUUUUGUAUUGACCUUGUGUUUACACCCGAUGUUCCCGAAAACAAUGCAAGAGGUUUACAUGUUUCCAAAGAACACUUUUGCGGGUGUUUUAAAAGGGUUUUUUUCUUUCUUUCUCCUUCUGUCUUAAAAAUAGGGGCAGCGAUCCUUUAAAACUUACUUGUUAAGUCAAGGAAAUGAUGUCCUACUUUCAAUUGCGUUUAUAAACUCUAUUACGGUGCCUUUUUGGUUUCUGGUACGGUAAAGGAGAAUGUACGAUUUGGAGGGGGGGGGAGGGUCGUGUUCUUUUGCGUUUCUUUGGAAAUGACAUACUCGUGUUGAGGUUGAUUGACCGCAUUUGUAUGUGCUGUAAUGAGUUCGCGUUUAAAUUCUGUCAUGCUUGAACUGAGGCCUCUGUCCUCCGAAACCUGGAAUGGACUUGGACGGACACUUCUGCAAACCGACAAAUUUGAGGAUUGCAACCUAAGAAACCAAGAAAGUUUAGACACUGACUUUUUUUUUGAUCUGUCAUUUACCUUUUAGGUUCAGAUCUUGAGUGAUAUCGCUGUUGUGAUGCAUGCUCGUAGGUGCGAAUUUCCUACAGGUGCUCCUCCUACUGUAUCGAGAUGACUUUUUAAAUGUAUCUAACAAAAUAAAUAAAAGCUAUUGAAAACA